GGACCAGUCCAUUGAUCACUUUGUCAUCAUCACUUUCAUCAACCACCCUGUAAUUUAGAAUAUGCCUCCUCAAUGAUGUUUUAUACAUAUAAAUCUCAGGACCUCCUUUAGUUGUCUCUCUUCAAUCUUUCUUUACAAAAAUCCAGCAAUGGGAAAUUGUCUAUGUUUCUCCUCUUCCUCUAAGCAAAGAAAAACUUUGCCCAUUGACACCAUUUUCAAGCUUCCCUCUCCAAUACCCACUUGGCCACCAGGUGGAGGAUUUGGAAGUGGAAUCAUAGAUCUAGGAGGGCUUCAAGUUUUUCAGACAUCAAAUUUCACAGAAGUUUGGGCUACCCAUGAAGGUGGACCAGGUGACCUUGGUGCAACAUUUUUUGAACCAUCCUCAAUCCCAGAUGGGUUUUUCAUGCUUGGCAGCUACAGUCAACCAAACAACCAGCAACUUUCCGGUUGGGUUCUAGUCGGAAAAGACAUCGAAAAUGACCCAUCAAGCUCAACCCUAAAGGAGCCAGUUGACUACACUCUAGUCUGGACUAGUGAGUCCCUAAAAAUUAAACAAGAUAGCAAUGGUUACAUUUGGUCGCCAACACCACCAGAUGGUUACUUGGCUCUUGGUCAUGUUGUCACAACCUCACCAAACAAGCCUUCCCUGACCAAAAUCCGAUGCGUCCGCUCUGACCUCACCGACCAAACAGAAACCAGUAAUUGGAUUUGGGGACAAGGCACUGAUCAGAGCAGCUCAAAGGGUUUCAAUGUGUAUAGUUUGCAGCCUAGCAAAAGAGGGACCAAUGAGCCUACUGUGUCUGUUGGUACAUUUAUAGCCCAAAACAAUGCUUAUAACACAUCCUUAUCUCUAGCUUGUUUGAAAAACAAUAAAUUUGACUUGUCUUCUAUGCCUAAUCUAACACAAAUCAAAGCAUUAGUACAAGCCUACUCUCCAUUGAUUUACUUUCAUCCUAAAGAGACUUACCUUCCCUCUUCUGUGACUUGGUUUUUCAACAAUGGGGCAUUACUAUAUACUAAAGGGGAUGAAUCCAACCCUGUUCCAAUUGACCCAAGUGGCUCAAAUCUUCCACAAGGGGGCUCAACUGAUGAUGCAUAUUGGAUAGACCUUCCAAUUGAUGACAAUGCCAAAGAGAGAGUCAUGAGAGGGGAUUUGCAGAGCUCUGAGGCUUAUUUGCACAUAAAGCCAAUGCUUGGCGCGACUUUCACUGACAUAGCUGUGUGGAUUUUUUGCCCAUUCAAUGGACCUGCAACUGCUAAGCUUGAGCUCAUUGACAUCCCAUUAGGGAAGAUUGGUGAACAUGUUGGUGAUUGGGAGCAUUUGACAUUGAGGGUCAGCAACUUCAAUGGGGUGUUGUAUAGUGUUUACUUCUCAGAGCAUAGUGGAGGGACAUGGUUAGAUUCUUCAUUGCUUGAAUUCCAACAAGUGUCUAAGUCUCCAACAGGUAACAAACUAGUUGCCUAUGCAUCCUUGAAUGGCCAUGCCAUGUUCCCAAAACCAGGGCUAGUUUUGCAAGGAGCUACUGGAAUUGGAUUAAGGAACGACACGGCCAAGAGUGACAAUGUCAUAGACACCGGAGCAAGGUAUUCAGUGGUUUCAGCUGAGCAUCUUCAGGGGGAAAUUGUUGAGCCACCAUGGCUGAACUAUGACAGAAAAUGGGGCCCAAAAUUUGCCUAUAAUAUUGGGGUAGAGGCAAAGAAGGUGGAGAACAAGUUGAAGGGAGAUCUGAAAUCUGCAUUCGAGAGUUUGGUGAACAUUUUACCUAAUGAAGUGCUUGGAGAAGAAGGUCCUACUGGCCCCAAGAUGAAAAACAAUUGGAAUGGAGAUGAAGUUUGAUGCAUAAAUUAAUCACAGCAUUUGUGAUUUUUUUCCACUUUCAAUUUUUUUAAAAUUAUUUUAACAAUUCACUUGUGCAAUUAAAAUCCACUUAUGUUAUAUUCAAUUCACUUGUAGCGUUCUUUUAAAGGCCCCCUUGUGUUAUUUUAGUUGGGAUUAGUGGAUUACUUGACUUCUAAAAACAAAUCUACCUAAAAGUAUAUGA